AUGCCCCGGCGCAGGCGCAGAUUGGGCUCGCGCGUGCGCAACUACUUGAGGGGUCUACUAGCGUUCCUCUUCUCCAACGUCGGUGUCAUUGUUCUAGUAGUCGCUUAUACUAUCGCUGGUGCAUUUAUGUUUCAAGCGAUAGAAAACACGAGCGAGAUAGAGAGAGCCAACAAUAUGACGAGAGAAAGGGACAACACUGCCGAGUACCUUUGGCAGAAUGUCACAUUGACAUUCAAUUUGUUUAACGAGACUGCUCUGAAAAGGAGUAUAAGUAUAGAACUGCAGCGUUAUCAGAACAAGAUAGUUCUGGCAGUCCGCCGCGGAUGGGACGGAGGGCGCUCUUCUAGACAAUGGAGCUUUUCUUCCGCCUUCUUAUACUCUCUUACUGUUAUUACUACAAUAGGUUACGGCCAUCUGAGUCCUCGCACGAGCUGGGGGAAGAUAAUGACGAUCUUCUAUGCUCUUCUCGGAAUGCCCCUAUUUUUGCUGUACUUAAGUAAUGUUGGUGAGCUUUUAGCGAGCUGGUUUAAGUGUAUAUACGCGCUAGUAUGCCUUUGUAGGGGAUGUCCCGGAUUUUCGCGGAGACGAGUUCUAAGUCUUCGACCUCAAUUUGAAAUCAGUGAAGCAGAGAGUAUAGAAGGGCCUUCCGACUUCGACGUGAUGGAUUACAGAAUACCUCCGCGUCCUCCCGACUACUUUCAAAGAAGAGAGUACUUGAGAAGCACGCCACCUCGCGUGAGCCGCAGCCCGCCCAGCGACUACACCGUGAUCUCCUUCGACUCGCAGGCCAUCACCGUGCCCAUCAGCGUCUGCGUCUCCUUCAUGGUUGGAUAUUUAAUGUUUGGAUCCAUGAUCUUCGGUUUGUGGGAAAAGUGGGAUAAGUUGGAUGGCGCUUAUUUUUGUUUCAUAUCACUAAGCAGUAUCGGUUUCGGUGACUUCGUGCCGGGCGAGCGCGUGUACACGCCGCGCAUCGAGACGAGCUUUAUCGUGUGCUCGCUUUAUCUCAUGCUGGGCAUGGCGCUCGUCGCCAUGUGCUUCAAUCUCAUGCAGGAACAAGUAAUACACUACUAUGAAGGCCUGAAGCGGGCACUUGGACGCAUAUGUCGCUGUAAGAGA